AUGCGAGCCGACAGCUUUCGCAACCCGCGCGAUGUCUUUCGCGACAUUGAACAAGAGAUGACGAGAACGGCUCCUGGGGAAAAGACGAGCAAAAUCACAGUUGAGCAGCACGGUCAGAUCAUGUCAAAGUACCGCACGUUCAAGGAGCAGGGCAAGAGCCUAAAACGUCAACUGGACCUCACAAGAGGCACCUCGGGUAAAAGACGAAAGCUCCAAAAUGGCAGUGGCCGUCAGCUGGAUGAUGAUUUGGACGCGCCUCCGCUAAACCCCAACAUUGUCGUCAGAAUAAAUCAUGAAAAGUGCCUGGUUGAAUUGCGCAAUCAUCGCCUGGCAACAUUUGCAGCAGAUAUGCUUGGCGAGAUUACCGGCACGGUCUACAGAGGGCUUCUAGACCUCUUGUCUGUGGACAUGUCAAAAUGCCGACCUGACCGACUGCUUGAAGAGGAGACUCCUGGCCAUAGGCUGACUGUGACAACUAUGGAGAUCUUCCAGCACUUGGAUGAGUCUGUCAACGUCCAAAGCGGUAUUGGCAAAGCUCCAAAGGAUAAGAUCGAUUUGCAGAGUGCUGAGAAGGUCAGAGCCGAAGCGCAAGAUUCCGAUAGCGAUUCUGGCGCUUCCGAUAGCGAAAUGCCUGUACGGAGACCAUCAACUGCUGCCAGGGGCUUGGAUGUCGAGAUGGACAUUGGCUCUGGAACAGAAGAGGACCAAGAAAAUGGCGUGCCUCAGACAAAUGGCAAUGGCAGGGCAAAGGUAAAAUUUGAAGAUGAUGGAUCGUCGAGAAACAAUCGUAUUGAACAAAUGCGGCAGCAUUUGCUUCUGCUAGCGGAGAGCCCGCACCGGUUCGUGCGGCACUGUGGCGUCCAAGGAUGUGGGCAGUGGACUGUCGAUUUUUCCAAGGUUGUUAAACGACUGAAGGAAACAGAGCUGGAUGCGUUUAUUGAGCAGUCGUUUGGUCGACACGGGCUACGUCUGACACGGAUUCUGCGCGAAAAGGGCAAACUUGACGAGAAGAUGCUUCCGUCGGCGGCACUCAUGAAGAAGUCGGACGUGCAGCUCAAGAUGGCUGCCAUGCAGAUGGCGGGUCUCGUUGAUGUGCAAGAAGUACCAAAGGACAAUAGUCGAAUGGCCAACCGGACGCUCUUCUUUUGGUUCUUUGACAGAGAACAAACGGAAUUGCAAGUCCUCGAUGAUAUUUACAAGGCCAUGGUGAGGUGCUUAGAGACACUGCAGGUGGAACGCCACAAGGAACGCAACAUUCUUUCCUUUGUGGAGCGGAAAGAUGUACAGGGCAAAGAAGAGGAAGUGAUGACGACGGAGCAUUACGUGAAGUACAAUGAGCAUCUAGCGGUGGAACAAAAACUUCUUGGUCAGGUCAUGCGACUUGACGAGAUGGUUGCCAUUUUCCGGGAUUACUGA